GCAAGACGUUUAAACAGGUAGAUAAACAUUAAAGAACUCAGAAUGAUAGUUUGCGUAUUUACAGGGCGUGUUAGUUGUCAGAUAUCAAGAAACUUAUUGUAAUUAACUGUGAUUGUCAAUGUGAAAUUAGUAGAUUUACGAAAUCUACAUGUGUUUUUACUAGUUAAUUGUUAUACUUGCGGAAUUAAUGAUACAUUUUGUCAUUAAACAUGAAGAGAAGGAUGGUAAACAUUCAGGGGAUGCACAGAGUGAUAUAGAAGAAAAUCUGUUGUAAUAAACUGCAAAAUUAGUUUAAAAAAGGUAUAGCAGUUAUUGUUAAGUAUGGUACAAGCUUGAUGGUUGUUUGUAUUAUAAAUAAUCAUGGAAACUGCACAACCUUUGUACCUUAACCUCUUCAGUGAAGAUAAGGUUCAUGUUUUGAAAGAAUUGUUGCAUGCAUGUGUGGAUGAAAUAUGUGGUAGACCAGGUCCAUCCUACCAUAAAUUUGCGAAUAGCAUAGAUUGGAGCAGAGAGGAAUAUGAAGAAACAUAUAAAUUGAUAUCAACACUACUGAGGAACCCUGCUUGCUUGUAUUUGGUGGAAGAGAAGAUGCCUCCAGAAUACCAUGAACUACCAGAACAUAUUCAACAAAGUAUAUUAACUUGUUUGAAAGUACGAAGAGAACAAUUAACAAAUGCUUUACUGAAAGAAUACUCCAAGGAAGAGAAUGAUACCUUAGUGGAUUUUGAUUGGAGAUUGAAGCUUGUAAUGGGAUCAAGUAAACUUGCUUCAUUGAGGGAACCACUGCUUCAGUUGGACCUCAUGGUUGAGAAUAAGGAUAGAAAACGUAUAUUGGGAUUAGAAUUGAACAAAGACGAAUUAGAAACGUUUAUAAAUGUCAUGGAGUCUAUAGUGAAAUAAAUACAAAUGAGAUUAACUUAAGCGACACUAAAUGAAAUGGACCAUGUGUAUACUUUACUUUGGAUACAUGCAAUUAUAGAAGUUCUUCAAAGGGCAAUAAAAACCAUCCUAUUUUACACUUGUUUCACAGUUUAUUAUAGGUUAUAGAUAAAUGUAGAAUAGUUUAAUUGCUAUUAUAACUGCUCAUCGAAGAUACUGAAGACUGUUAUUCUCUGUCUGAGGCGUCUUCGACUCAAAAGUCUCAUUUACAAUUUUGUUCAUUUUUUUUUUGUUCCGGCACGCAAAAUAAAUAAACGAGCAAGCUUGCGUCGGCGACGCCUCAGGUUUCAACGAUCGAUAGUUUUUGCGAGUGUACAGAUUUAUCAGUCGGGUUCAAGGAUUUUGUUUUUACGUUUUUCGUGAUUUUUUUUCUUUUAAAUCUCGUUUAAAUAAAAAAAGUUCGCUCUCGUCGCCAAAACUUGUUUCGAAAAAACGGUGAAUUUCGUUGUAAAGAUCAUUACGGACAAUAUAUUUAAUGAAAAGGU